GACCCGGCGUUGAUUAGGGGUUAUCAUUAUUGUUUUCAUAAAAUAUUUCGCUAAAAGCGAUACUCGCCUCUAAUCGUAGCGUUAAUUUGUGAAAGAAAUCACACGGUAAAUAAUGUCUGAGUACAUGGAUAUAGAUGGUAGCCUCUUGGAAGGGGGAGGACAAAUACUACGAAUAUCAAUUUCUUUAAGUGCUAUAUUAGGAAUUCCUGUGAGAAUAUCAAAGAUACGAGCCGGCAGAAGCAAGCCUGGGUUAGCUGCUCAGCAUUGCAAAGGAAUUCAAUUAGUUGCUGAAAUGUGUCAAGCCAAGACAAAAGGAGCAGAAAUUGGAUCAACUGAAGUAGAAUUUGCUCCAAAAAAGAUUCGAGGCGGUCAAUACUUCGCUGAUCCUCAUACAGCUGGCUCAAUCAGCCUACUCCUCCAAGUGGCACUACCCUGUGCACUGCUGGCAGAUGGCCCCGUCACAUUUGAUUUCCGGGGAGGCACCAAUGCUGACAUGGCACCGCAGAUAGACUAUAUGGAUAAAGUCUUCAGGCAGGCCUUGAGGCAGUUUGGUGCAGAUUUUGGCUUGACAAUUCAUAGGAGAGGUUAUUUCCCGAAGGGCGGCGGCCAUGUGACCGUGAACGUGAACCCGGUGCGUAGUUUUCGUAGCGUCACGUUGACGGACCCGGGCUCCGUGCACAGGAUUACCGGGUCCAGUUUCGUGGCUGGGGUGCUGCCUAUCAGUAUGGCGCACCAAAUGGCGGAGGGCGCGAAGCAAGUGCUGCGACCUGUGGCCGAAACCACCAUCAACUGCUACAAGGAAGAUGCUCGCAUUGCCAUCGGGAACUGCAACGGUAUGCUUUUAACCUGCACAACGUCUACGGGUCACGUGUUGGGAAGUGACGCGCUCGGGAAAAGGGGCUCGGACCCGCGGCAGGCGGGCGCCGACGCCGCUCACGCUCUCGGGAAAGAUAUCGACGCGGGCGCCUGUCUCGACCAACACUGUCAGGACCAAGUGAUUCUGUUCAUGGCCCUGGCGGAAGGCAAGUCGGCGGUGACGGUGGGUGAGGUCACACUGCACACCAAGACCGCCAUACACAUUGCCGAGAUGCUGGCUAAGGUGAAGUUCGAAAUACACCCCAACGGCAGCCCGAACACAAUCGAGUGCACGGGUCUAGGGCUUAUAAACAACAACUUGCCUACCUAAAUAAAUAUUUAGUAAGC